UCCUAAUUUAUUAUGUUGGUUGUGUUCUGUCCCCCAAUAAUCUGCCAAAGCCUCCGCCCAACAUCGGUGCCGAUCAUUAGGCGUUCGGCAUUCAAAUCCUUUGAAGAGGGCAGCGCUCGUACCUUGCCAUUUCCUUUCCAUAGCCUCGUCUCCUUCUACUGCGCAUUCCCCCUCGUAAUGUCAUUUAAAACUUCGCUGGGUCUUGAAUAUGGCUGUCGUCGACCAUAUUUCCUUCGCCUCUUCUCAAUCAGCCCCCUCACCCUCACUUUCUCUCAUUCUUUUGCCUGAUUGAUUACAAUGUCCUCGCCGCCGGGGCUUCCCCCGUACAUUGUCACCUUCGGUCCCCAGGCUAACUGCACGCUGGAGAUAUGUCCGAUCCAGUAUUCCCUAUACGGGUAUCGGCCCAGCCUGGCCGCCAAUGCUAGCUUUAUUGGGCUAUUUGGUCUGGCAGGGCUGAUGCACAUCUGGCUGGGGAUCCAAUCGAAGACUUGGUUCUUCAUGGGUGCCAUGUCCGUCGGCUGUGUGAGUGCACUCCUCGGAUAUGUCGGUCGGGUGAUGAUGUACUAUAACCCGUUCAACUUUAAUGCUUUUAUGCUCCAAAUCAUUCUCGUUACAACCACCCCCAUCUAUUUCUGUGCCGCGAUAUACGUGACCCUCGCUUUCACCAUUAAUGAAUUCUCCCCAAGCCUGGCGCGCUUCCCACCUAGAUAUAUCUACUGGGUCUUUAUCAACUGUGACGUGGUCUCUCUCGUCCUGCAAGCGGCCGGCGGUGGCUUAUCCACCUCGACCAGCGGGAAGAGCCAAAUUGGCGUAGACCUUGCCCUCGCCGGUCUUGCCUUCCAGGUAUUCACCAUCUGCAUCUUCUGCGCCUUGCUGGGCGACUACCUGUUUCGGUAUUCCCGUUCCGGCCUCCUGGCAGCCAACUCUCUGCACUACCGGUUCUUGAUCUUCUUCGCCUUUCUCGUUAUCACCAUCCUGAUGAUCACCAUUCGAUGCGUCUACCGGCUGGCCGAGUUACACGCCGGGUAUAGUGGGGGUUUGAUUCGAGAUGAGACGCUGUUCAUCUGGUUUGAAGGAUUCUUGAUCCUCGCAUCGGUGUAUUCGAUGAUGCUGGGCCAUCCGGGUCUGGUGUUCCAGACACGUAAGAAGGAAGAGGCUGAGCCGCCGCGUCCUCAGGGUCCCGAGUCAUGAUGUUUUACGAUGAUAUUUUUUUGAAUGAAUGAGCCACUGGGUUCUAUAGCGGAAAAUUAUUUUCAUGAUAGAUGAAUAGGAUGCCGAGAUUAU